AGAUCUUGUUGCAUUCGAACACGGACUGCUUCAGUAUAUAAGGAGUCAUGAAUGGUGCUGAACAUUGUGCAAUCAUCGGCGAACAUCCCCACUUCUGACCUUAUGAUGGAGGGAAGGUCAUUGAUGAAGCAGUUGAAGAUGGUUGGGCCUGAGACACUACCCUGAGGAACUCCUGCAGAGAUGUUCUGGAGCUGAGAUGAUUGACCUCCAACAACCACAACCAUCUUCGUUUGUGUCAGGAGUGAUUAUUGCACAAAUGGAAGGAAUCAACUUCAUUACACUUUUACUCUUGUGGGUUCCGUUAUCCACAGAUGGUAAAUUCACAGUUACUGGACCAGCACACCCUGUUGUAGCCAUUGUGGGUGAAGAUGUUACAUUGGGAUGUCAGGUUAUGCCAAGUUUACCCGUCAACAACAUGGUGGUGCGAUGGCUUAAAUCAGACCUUGGUUCAGCUGUACACACAUACAGAAAUGGAGAAGAUGACACUGCUGCUCAGGAUUCUGACUAUAGAGGAAGGACUGAACUGUUUAAAGAUGAGCUGCCCAAAGGAAACAUUUCCCUUAAAGUAAAAAAUACAAGAGUAUUUGAUGACGGCAAAUACAGAUGUUCAGUUGAUGAUGAAACAGAUUUUGAAGAAACUGUGAUAGAAUUGAAAGUGGGAGGUUUGGGGCGUAAGCACUGGAUCCAGAUAGAUGGAUAUAAGAAUCAAGGAAUUCAGCUUGUGUGCGAAUCUAAUGGAUGGUUCCCAAAGCCAGGGCUACAGUGGACCAGUGCAGCUGGACAAAAUUUAACAGCAGAGUCUGAAAUAAGUUACCACCAGGACUCCAAAGGACUGGUUACUGUGCAGAGCACUGUAUCUGUAACACAAGAUUCAACAAACAGCUUCAAGUGUCUCAUACAGAACAACCUAUUGAAAAAAGAACAAGAAGCAACUAUCCAGAUAUCGGCUGAAUUUUUCCCAUCUGUUUCGGGCUGGUUGGUUUUUUUAUCUCUGAUGCUCAUUCUUCUAAUAAUAACUUUUAUUGCUGGGAUCAUUUGGAUUGUGAGAAAAUACAGACACAUCAAAGAACUUGAACGUGACAAAUCUAUCAAAAAAUAUGACCAGUGGAAAUCUCUUAUUGAAUCAGAUUGGACAAACAUUUCAGAGUGCAAGGUCAAUGUAAACCUGGAUACGGAAACAGCAAACCCAAGCCUUGAAAUAUCUAAGGAUAUGAAAAAUGUAAGAUUAACCCGGAAAGCGACGAAUGUCCAUGACAGUGAAGACAGGUUUACAGUCUUGGAAUCUGUGAUGGGAUCAGAUGGAUUCACAUCAGGCUCACAUUACUGGGAAGUGGAGGUUGUGGGGAAUCGACACUGGUAUGUGGGAGUGGCCAAGGAGUCUGUGCAACGGAAGACAGAAAUCCAGUUGACACCAAUGAAUGGAUUCUGGACAAUUGGGAGGACUGAGGAUCAAUUUCAGUCAAAUUCUGAUGAAAAAUCUAAUAUCACAGUGUAUGAGAUUCCCAAGAAGAUUGGUGUUUAUCUCAGUUAUGAUUCUGGGAUAGUUUCAUUUUAUAGUGCCAAUACCAAGUCUUACCUCUACUCUUUCACUGGGUGUAAAUUCACAGAGAAAAUUUAUCCUUUCUUGACUACGGAGCACUGUAACAAAUGGCUGAGAAUCUGCUCAGUUCAGGAUUAGUUCUUUUUAAAAGGUCCCUGACCUCAUGCUUUCUUCAAGGCAGGUUCCAGGUUAACACAGUUAGCUAAAGGAACCCAUCAAAUGUGUAAAUAUGAAAGUCAAUCUUGGAUUCUAAGAUAAGAUUUACAGAAAAUGUCAAAAGUGCUUUUGAGUGAUUAUGACAAUUAUUGUUAAUAGGCUGAGAAUCUCAUGAAAAGAAACCAGUAACUUCAGAGAAAAAAAUAAUUUCUAGUAAGAGAUUUUUUAAAACUUGUCUAACAAUUAUCUGUUGAAUCUGUGAAUGAUGUUAGCAGCUUAGUUCAAAACUGAAUAAAUUCAGCUGUUUGUAUUUUCCUUUCUAUUUACUGUCAUGGGUAAUUUUCUAGAUUUUUUAAAAAUACACAUGUAUUUAAAAACUGAAGAUAUAUUGUUUUGCCUUAAAUAUAAAAGCACUUUGCAAUAUGUUGGUCGCUUGGUGUGAAAUUGUAACAUUUGAGUGUGCAAGCAACGGGCCAAACUGCCUGUUUCCACACUGUAGGGAUUCUAUGAUCAUUAAUAUUUUGUCAGAGAUUUAUAUAUUUUUAAUAAACCAUAUUAAAACAUUA